GGAGGAGGCCGCUCGUAGGGCCCGGGACUGGCUUAGAGAGUGUACCCGGGACUGAGCGAAGGGGCUUUCCUGUUGGAAACCCCACUAAUCUGCAGCAGCCUUUAACAGAAGUUGUCCGGAUAUGCCUACAGCAGCGGGAGACUGAGUGACAGCACAUGCAGCUUCACUUUCGGAUUCAGUCAUUCUUUUUCUCCAUGGCUUAGGGGUAGCUCCUGGAUCUGACACGGGGCUGGCAACUAUAUUAGAACAGCGGGGCUGGCUUCCACCACGCCUAAGCCCUGCUAGUCUUAAAUAAAAACUGUGUGUACAUAGGGAUAAACUGUGCUCACCUGCUGUCCUGAAACCAGAGCUAGUGUCAAGACACCUUCUUCUUUGCUCACCACACUAGGAUAUACCAAGACUUUUGCAUAGUCUGGAGAUCAUUCUGUUUCUUUAUUUCCCCCAAGGAGUGUCCAUUAACAUUUGCUUUUCAUAACAAUUUGAUACAAUUGUAUAUUUAAUAGCUGCAAGCAACUAAGUCAUUUUGCAGUCACUUCUUUUUUUAUUUACUAUGUACUUACAAUUUAGAAAGUUUUUACUAUAUGUAUUUUGUUAAAUUAUUUUUGAUCUGGGGUAUUUCUUAUAUGACAGCGUAGUGUCGUUUUUUUAGUUUUUGGUUGUUUUAUUAUUUUAUAUAUUUUUUUUUGCACUUUUUGCUCAUUGGACUUAAGUCACAAUCAUGUCUCCUGUACAACUGGAGAACAGUCAGCUGGUGGUGGCUGGUGGACCAACUUCUGCCUCCCAGCCACCGCCACCUGGGACAGUUGUAGCUGCCACUGCUGCCAGCCAUGGGUAUCGACUGAGCACUCUCAUUGACUUCUUGCUGCAGAGAACUUAUCAGGAGAUCAACGUCUUGGCAGAUCUGCUCCCAAGGAAGACAGACAUGGAAAGGAAGAUUGAAAUUGUACAGUUUGCCAGUCGUACACGCCAGCUUUUUGUAAGAUUAUUAGCUCUUGUGAAAUGGGCAAACAACGCAGGAAAGGUGGAGAAAUGUGCGAUGAUUUCCAGUUUCCUAGAUCAGCAAACAAUAUUAUUUGUGGACACUGCUGACCGCCUGGCGUCCUUAGCUAGAGAUGCUCUUGUUCAUGCCCGUCUGCCUAGUUUUGCUAUUCCUUAUGCAAUUGAUGUGCUCACUACAGGAUCUUAUCCAAGGCUACCUACAUGUAUUCGAGAUAAAAUUAUUCCUCCAGAUCCUAUAACAAAAAUUGAGAAGCAAACAACUCUCCAUCAACUUAAUCAGAUACUCAGACACAGACUAGUAACAACAGAUCUUCCUCCACAAUUGGCAAAUCUCACAGUUGCAAAUGGCCGUGUUAAAUUUCGCGUUGAAGGGGAAUUUGAGGCAACUUUGACAGUAAUGGGAGAUGAUCCUGACAUUCCUUGGCGUCUUCUUAAAUUGGAAAUCCUAGUGGAAGAUAAGGAGACAGGAGAUGGCCGUGCUUUGGUGCACAGUAUGCAAAUCAGCUUUAUUCACCAGUUGGUGCAGUCAAGACUCUUUGCUGAUGAAAAACCACUUCAGGAUAUGUACAGCUGUUUGCAUUCCUUUUGCUUAUCACUUCAGCUAGAAGUUCUCCACUCACAGACACUAAUGCUGAUAAGAGAACGGUGGGGAGAUCUUGUGCAAGUGGAGAGAUACUUAACCGGGAAAUGCCUCACACUUUCUGUUUGGAACCAGCAGGUAGUGGGAAGAAGAAUAGGUACAGCGUCGGUUCACAAGGUCACCAUAAAGAUUGAUGAGAAUGAUUGCUCAAAGCCGUUGCAAAUUUCUCAUGAGCCUCCUCUGCCAGCUUGUGACUCUAAACUAAUGGAAAGGGCUAUGAGGAUUGAUCACUUAUCAAUAGAGAAACUUCUAAUCGACAGUGUACAUGCACGUUCUCACCAGAAGCUGCAAGAAUUAAAAGUCAUCCUGAAGAAUUUUAAUUCCAACGAUAACUCUUUUGUCGAGACAGCACUUCCAACCCUGGUAAUUCCCAUAUUAGAGCCAUGUGGCCGUUCAGAAUGUCUACAUGUGUUUGUAGAUCUUCAUUCGGGAAUGUUCCAGCUAAUGUUAUAUGGAUUUGACCAGGUAACAUUGGAUGAAAUUGAAAAAUCCAUUAAUGAUGACAUGACACGAAUUAUACCUUGGCUUCAGCAACUCAAGUUUUGGCUUGGUCAGCAGCGUUGUAAACAUUCGGUAAAGCAUUUGCCCACAGUAUGCAGUGAAACUUUGCAUUUAACAAACUAUGCAACCCAUCCUGUUAGUAACCUCUCCAGGCACAAGCUUUUCAUAAAGCUCACCCGGCUUCCACAGUAUUAUAUAGUAGUUGAAAUGUUUGAGGUUGCUGGCAGCCCAACAGAAUUGGAGUACACCUACCACUUCCUCUCUGUCAACCAUACAGAGGGUGAAGAUAACCCACCCACUGCCCUGGUUCUUCAGAGGUUCAAGCCAAAUGUUGUGGAACUGGCAAUGGAUGGAAAUUGUAAGAAACAAGCAAAAGCUGGAUCCAAGCGCAAGCUAUCUGGUGAACAGGGAUCACCAGAGUCAAAGAAACCAAAGCGUACAGGAGAGAUGUGUGCUUUCAAUAAAGUCCUUGCUCAUUUUGUGGCCAUGUGUGACUCCAAUAUGCCCUUUAUAGGGCUUCGUAUGGAGUUAUCGAACAUGGAGAUUCCACAUCAGGGUGUUCAAAUAGAAGGUGAUGGGUUUAGUCACGCCAUAAGAAUAUUAAGAGUUCCUCCUUGUAAAGGAAUAAGUGAAGAAACUCAGAAAGCACUAGAACAGUCUUUACUUGAUUGCACUUUCCGGUUACAAGGCAGGAAUAACCGAACAUGGGUAGCAGAGCUGGUGUUUGCAAACUGCCCUCUGAACAGUUCUAUCUCACGGGAGCAAGGGCCUACACGACAUGUGUAUUUGACAUAUGAAAACCCACUUUCUGAGCCAGUUGGUGGUCGAAAAGUAGUAGAAAUGUUCCUCAAUGACUGGAAUAGUAUUGCCCGACUAUAUGAAUGUGUUUUGGAAUUUUCACGGUGUUUACAAGUUGCAGCUAAUUAACUCUAAUGAACCAGGAGUAAUAAUGUUCAAGACAGAUGUACUCAAAUGUCGGGUGGCUCUUAACCCUACUACUAACCAGACUCUGCAGCUAAAAGUUACACCAGAAAAUGCUGCACAGUGGAAGGCGGAGGAGUUACAGGUUUUGGAGAAAUUCUUUGAAACCAGGGUUGCUGGUCCACCUUUUAAGGCUAAUACCCUGAUAGCUUUUACAAAGUUAUUAGGCGCUCCAACACACAUUCUUAGAGACUGUGUACACAUAAUGAAGCUAGAGCUGUUCCCGGAUCAAGCAAUCCAGCUGAAAUGGAAUGUGCAGUUUUGUUUAACUAUCCCUCCAAGUGCACCACCAAUAGCGCCUCCUGGCACCCCCGCUGUUGUCCUUAAAUCUAAAAUGCUGUUUUUUCUUCAGCUAACUCAGAAGACUUCGGUGCCACCAGAGCCUAUUAGUAUUAUCGUUCCCAUCAUCUAUGAUAUGGCUUCAGGGACAACACAACAAGCAGACAUUCCACGUCAGCAGAACUCGUCAGUGGCAGCUCCCCUUAUGGUCAGCAACAUCUUAAAAAGAUUUGCAGAGAUGAAUCCACCACGGCCAGGUGAAUGUACAAUAUUUGCUGCAGUACGGGAUUUAAUGGCUAAUCUAACAUUGCCCCCUGGUGGACGCCCAUGAACACUAUUUUGCAAUCAAAAUUUAAGUAUUAUUUUUGUUGCUAUAAAUACUUGGACAAAGGACAAUUUGCUGUUGGAUUUUUUUUUUGUCUAUAAAAACUAUGAAGUAAACCUGGCAGAUAUUUUCAGAGAUGCACUUCUUUCAUCAAGAAUAUAUAUAUAAUUGUUCAGAAAAGUAAUUUUUGUACAUUGAUCUUGUACAGUGUGUUUUACUACAGCACAUUUCAGGAUAAGUUGGAAAUAUAUUAUCCGUUUUCCAGGAGCAGAUUUAAUAUUCUGUUUUAUACUGGAAGGGUUAUGAAAAUGCCAAACUUGUGUUUUAUGUAAAUGUGUUUUCUUUGUUACAGAUUUUCUUCUUGUUUUUUUUUUCUUUUUUAAAUAAUGUCAUUUUCAAUACUGUAAAACUGUGACAAACUUUAUAAUGAAACUGUAUUUUAAUAUGACUGCUUCAAAUGCAAAUAUGAAAAUGAUAUAGGCAUGUUCUAAACAUGUCCUAAAAAAGCAAUAUUUAAUAAAUUAGAAGAAAUAUGUA